AUGCAGAACAGGACUGAGAAGUUUGGAGCUCAGCUGCCUCUCUUUGCUCCAGCCAGCAGCUCUCAGCGAGGUCUGCUCAGGAAGAGCGCCACCUACCUGGCUAAGAUCGCUGUCGUCCUCCAAGACGCUCCAGCCAAGAUGCUCACUUUCACUCAGUUGAUGGACAGACUGGCACCAUUAAUCUCUGAAGACAGAAAAUCUGUUGAGAACAACAUCAGAGUCUGUUUAUCAAGCAACAAAUGUUUUGUCAAGAUUCCAGUGGUCCCAGAUUCUCUGGACAGUAAGAGAAACUACUGGAAACUGGACCACAGUCAGAUCACGGCAAAGAUGGUGCGUCAUCACUUCAAAGGCAUCCUGCAUCUCUUCCCUGAGCUGGCCUCCAAAGUGGAGACGGAGAACACCAGCAGACCAUCAGAGCGCUGCUCAGCUCUCCACUCUCCUGAACCUGCAGCCUGCAGAGCUGUUCAGGUCAAAUGUGAGGUGAAGUUCAGCAGUCCUUUCUCCAUUGAAUCCCUCCUGAAGAGAGACAGUCCCUCUGCUCGGGCCUCCAGAGCUUCUCCUCUGUGCAGAGUGCCGGUCAGAGCGGAGCAGCAGCCUCGCUCCACACACAGACCACAUGGGACAAAGAGGAGCUUCAGCUGGGACUCUGAGGAGCCUCUCCUCCUUCAAGCUUCAGCUGGAAGUUCCCCCAUCUGCUCAGCAGGGGGCAGCACACACCGUGGACUCACUGCUAAUGGAGCUGCUCAGCCCAUCAAGAGGAUGCAUGUGUGCUCUCAGUCUUCAUUCCCUGUCUGCACAAGAGCCAGUGCUGCUCCUUAUUUCACCAGCCCACACAGCAGUUACAUCACUUACUCUGUACCAGCAUUUACCCAUGAUCCUCUCUGUUUCUGGCUGUAA